AUGUCAAUAUAUGAAGAAUGUGAUUUCCCUAUCUCAUGUGGAAAUUGUCUAGGUGAUACACAGUAUCUUCGAAUGGUGAGAUCUAAUAAUGAGAAAAGUUGUAAACUCUGUAAUAGACCAUGCACUAGUUUUCGUUGGAAAUUUAACAAUUCAAAUAAAUAUAAACAAACCGUCAUUUGUAAGACCUGUGCCCAACUAAAGAAUGUUUGUCAGGUAUGUGUCUCCGAUAUUAAUUAUGGAAUACCUUUAAGUCUUCUAGACAACUAUAUUGCUAAACAUAGUAAAGAUAAUAGUUUACUUUCUCUAACAAAUAUACCUAAUACAAUAGCUAAUAGAGAUUAUUUUGUAGAAAAUAAGCUCAAUGGAAAUGAUGAAGGUUAUAUAAGAAAGUUAGAAAAAAGUAUAAUCCAAAGAAGACAAAUUUUGGAGAGUAAUAUAUUAAAAAGUGAAUUAUCUAAGAAUAUUCGAAAACAUGAAAGUAAGGUAACAGAUAAUAAAGAAGAAUAUAUUGGGAAAUCAAGUGGAUUAAAACAUAGUUUGGAUUAUAUAAAUAGUAAUUUAGCUGAUUAUAAGAAUGAUAAAACUGGAGAGAACGUAAAAAUAAAGAAAUAUCGCAACUCUAAAACUGAUACAGUUGAAGAUUCUUUUAAAUCUAUAGGGUUUUUUCCUAGUAUGGAUCCUAAAUCUAUGGGAAAUGCUCCAAUAGUUUAUAAAAAGUAA